ACCAAAUCGAUCCAUCUUUUUUCUUAAAAACUCAACGAGCAAAAUCCCAAGAGGAAAUGGACCCAAAAGCUUCGGCCAAAUCCAAGAGAACCCAAACUCAGCAAGCAAGAAGAGCCCACGCUCCUCCCGCCGCCAUUGCCCACAAGAAGAAAGCAGCGGCCGCAGCCGCAGCAGAGGAGAGAGCCAGCACCACUCGAUCCCUCCCCUCAAACUGGGAUCGCUACGAAGAUCCCGACGAAGAAAUCGACGCCAAUCUUGGCUCUAAAGAGGCUGGCGACGGCGAGGUCAAGCCAAAGAGCAAAGGGGCAGACUUUAGCUACUUGAUCGAGCAGGCUCGAUCUCAGCCCAAGGACUUCAGCUCUCGGGGUGUCGAUGAGGUUUCAUCGGAAUUCAUGCGGGGAGGAAGCUCUAUGCUUUCUACGAGAGGAAAGGGCCUACUAUCUAUGUGUGGGGAUAACAAUUUUAUUGUUGAUGAUGACUCCGCAUCAAGCUAUGAGGUACCUUUCCUCUCGAUGGAUUUAAAUGCCCUGGCGACACAACUAUCAAAACUGAAGCUUUCGCAAUUGCUUUCUAUUGAAUCAGAUCUAUUACCUGAAGAGCUGAAUGACGAGGAGGCCGAAACAACCUCAGCAUCCAAGGAACGAGAAAUUUCAGAGACGGCUGAAUUCAACCAUGUAUUUGAGUCACAAGCCUCACGCAGUUCCCCAGUUUUAGUAAACAAUGCUGGUAUCCAGACUCAUAGCAACUUCAUGUUCAAGAAUGAUGAAAGAAACCUGGAAGCUGAAGCAGGAGAAAAUAGACCCGACAUUUCUCCAUCGUCUUCUUCAAAACAAGAAGACACAUCAGAGACCCGAAGUCAUAAAACUGAUAGAUUUGAAGCCGCAGCUGCAGAAGCCGAGCUUGAUAUGCUUCUUGAUUCACUGACAGAAACCAAUAUCUCUGGUUCAACAAAUUUUGGUUCUGUUGCUCCUAAUAUUGGUCAUGAUUCUGAUUCUUCAAGAGAAGUUGCUAAAACUUCUAUUGAUGAUUCCAUCGAUAAUUUGCUCGCUGAAACUUCCUCUAAACAAGCUCAAAAUUCUCAUUUUGGUUUGACAUCCAUCGAAGAUUCUAUUGAUGACCUGCUUGCAGUGACCUCGGCUUCUCUUGAAGAACAGAAACCUGCAGCAAAUCAGCAAAAUAAGGGAACAGAUUCGCCGUCUAAAGCCAUGGAAGAUUUUGAUUCUUGGCUCGAUACUCUUUAACGUCAUAAGAAGUUCUGGUGUUAUUUUUUUGGCCUCGCAAAGAAAGCCCCCGAACCGAGUUGUAACCAUACGCUAGCAAGGAUUGGUGGUGUAGCUGUACUGAUGUCUGUACAAUGAAACGAUUGAAUUCUGGCUCUUGAAGUAAAUUUUCUCCAUUUAAUCUUCUAAUCGAAAAUUUUCCUUGAUGUAAUUUCUUUAGGCUUUAGGUGUGAUGGCCCUCGGUCAAAAUCUCGGAUUUAAGAGCUUAGCUCUUUCGCAACUGCAGCGUAAAGAUAAUUACUUUUUCCUAAUUUUUUCCUACUUGUAGCUGAAAGUUCAGGAUGCUUUUGUGAAACAUGUUUAUGUAAUUUUUGUGGUUCUCAUUUUGUGCAAUUACCUCAGAGUUCCGGGAGUUUUCUCAAAUUUACCCAAGCGUUUUGCCCAACUCCCCUCUACAUAAAAACCCCGAACAAAAGUCGCACCCCCCAAAAAAAAACCUCAAAACCGUCGUUAGGGCAUUUCAUCAUCAACGUCUCCUUCAAUGUCUCCAACUCGCAGGAGAUCGAAGCCUCAGUCCCCAUCGCCUCGCGCCAAAAAGAA